AUGGUUCUUGCUCAACCAAUUAACAUUCAUAAAUGGAUAGAAGAAAAUGGAGACCUUUUGAAGCCUCCAGUUAAUAAUUUCUGUCUUCAUCGAGGUGGAUUUACCAUCAUGAUUGUUGGUGGUCCUAACGAAAGAAGUGAUUAUCAUAUAAAUCAAACCCCAGAGUAUUUCUACCAAUUCAAAGGCACAAUGUGUUUGAAAGUGGUUGACGAUGGAGAAUUUAAGGAUAUUUUCAUACAUGAAGGGGACUCAUUUCUUUUACCUGCUAAUGUGCCACACAACCCAUGCCGUUAUGAAAACACCAUUGGAAUAGUGGUGGAACAGGACAGACCUGCAGGUGUUAAUGAUAAGGUUAGAUGGUAUUGUCAAAAAUGUCAGACAGUUAUUCAUGAGGUUGAGUUUUAUUUGACUGAUUUAGGAACUCAAAUCAAAGAAGCAAUUGUUAAGUUUGAUGCUGAUUUAGACGCAAAAACUUGCAAGAAUUGUGGAACAGUUAAUUCAUCGAAAAGAGAUUGA